AUAAUUCCCUCCCUUCCUUCAACAGCAAGCCAGGAUAAAGAGAGAUCAACCUGGUUAAAAUCCCUAAUCAGCCCUGGUCUUUCCACGACCGGCUAACGAGGAAAUUCUCAUCUCAAAGCAACCGCUAUAAGUAACCAUUUCCAGGGUUCUUUCCGCAUUGCUAGAAUCCAAAUCUCUCUACCAUGAAGUACAAUGAGAUCUCCCACUUCAGCCACCCCCAACACAUCCUGAAGUUCGAGUACACCGAGUUCCCGUUCAAAUGCGACGGAUGCAAGGAGAUCGGCAUCGGGUCACGCUACAGCUGCGCCGCGUGCAACUUUGAUCUCCAUUCCCACUGCGCCAUCCCGUCCGCGACGAUAUCUCACCUUUACCCCAAGUGCUCCUUCCAGUUCAUGUCGAGGCCUCCGACGGAGGAUGGGCCCCGCUACUGCAAUGCAUGCGAGAAGGACGUGACGGGCUUCGUCUACCACUGCCGGGCCUGCGGGUUCGACCUCCACCCGUGCUGUGCAAAGCUGCCGAUGGUGCUGGACGACGGCGAGGUGAAGCUCUACUUGUAUAGGAAGGUGAGUGCGUCUUGCCAUAAGUGUGGGAAGAAAGGGAGGAGCUGGUGCUAUAGGUCCAGCUGCAAGAGGUACAAUUUGCAUGUGGCUUGUGUGAGGGAGAUGCUGGUGGAGAGUUGGCAUGAUAUAUAUGUUGGGCUUGGGAAAGGCGGUGGCAGCAGCGGUGGCAGCGGCGGCGGCGGCGCUAGGAGAGGGCUUCCGACUAGAAUCCCCAGCUUGAAGGACACGCUUCAGACACCACAUAACAGGGGCAAGAGCAAGAAGAAGAAGUGUUGUGAGAUGGCCGGUUUGGCUCUUCAAUUCGUGAUAUCCGCGGUGCUAGGUGACCCGACAACCCUCAUCGCCGGCGUUAUCGGCUCACUUAUGUCUCGAGCAUGACCGGCGAUGUGUUGAUCAGGGGUGGAUGCUGAAUUUACUUUUUAAGGAUAUAAAGAACAUGCAUGCGAAACGAUUUGGACGUGUUUAGAUGGUGCGUGCAUGCAUGCCUGCCUGCUAAUAUGGUCUUUAUUUGGUUAUGAUCAAGUGUCCGUACACUCCUCCGUUGUAAAAAGACCUGUUCACCGCUUUA